AUGGGGUGUAGCGCUUCGAGAAAAGAAGUAGGGGAUAUUGAACUCAUUGUGACGGGCGCGGGCAACCUGAGCGGGCGCUACGUGCAGCUUUCCGGCAAAUCGUCGUACCAAGGCAAGCCAUGGUGGCACAAGGAUGGCCGGUUCAACGAAGACCACGGCCGACAGGUCUGGUGGAACAAGGGCGAGUGGCGCGUCGGCUCGACGUCGGACCACUGGUGGGCGAAUAAGAACCCAGCUCAGCCGCCCGCCUCAGGCGAGUGGCCGGGCUGGCACCAGAAGAACGCGCUGGGCGGGCCCUACCCGCACUUUGCCAUCGCGGUACGCGAGCGGAUAGGCGCUGGCGUUAUGUCGACGGAGGAUACAGAGUCGCCACCGGACCAACCCAAGUUUACACGGGGUCGGUCGGGGUUGGGUUGGGUUUACACGGAGUCGGGGACGCAGAAGAGGUGCAAGCACUGCGGCCAGGCCCGGUCGCGGAGCAUGUUCGUCGGGAAGCAAUGGAAGAAGCCCCGGCCGACGUGCGUAGACUGCGCUUCGAGGCUGUCGGCGCAGAACGCGACCGCCGAGCAGCCACCACCACCUCCGCCGGCGCGGCGCUGGUUCUCGCGCGCGGAGCCUGAGCCCUCGGCACCGAAAUUUGAGGAAAUGUACAACCAGAUAGCCGCCUGGUACAACGGGCUGGAAAACGCCGCGUUGCGCGCAAGAUGGGGCCCGUUUCCGGACCCCGACGAAUUCCAGACGUGGCCCGGCUUCGUCCGGGUCACUAACGCGUUCCUCGACGCCAGAAUUAAAAAAAAUAAACAAAUAAUUAAUCAAGGAAGGAAUAUCCUAAAGAAUUAUUGAACCAUGACAACUUAAUAACCUAAGUAAACAUCACUCCUCCACGGGAGCCGGAGCAGGGACCACCUCCCCCACGUCCUCGAGCACGGCCUCGACGUCGCGCGCCGACGACACGUAGCGCACCGCGUCGUCGCCGUUGCUUGUUGUGUCGUGUGCUCCUCGUCGCUUGUUGCGUAAACUUGCUAGCGGUCGUAAAGAUACUACCCUGCGCCGGCGCCUCGAGGAACAUCGCAGGCAGGUGCGGAAGACUGAGGCGCGACUCGAGGCGGAUCGCGCGCGCGUGCGAGAGACCGAAGCGCAGCU